AUGCGGGUGCCAACUGUGCCCAUUCCUGAGAAGAAAGUUUUUCUUAGGGGAAUCCCCCAGGGAGGGACUAACAUGAGGAACAUGAGUGUCAGCAACCCAGGUUCGGGUGGGCCGGAAGACGCACCAGCGAAACCUGCUCCUCUUCGACCUAGCACAGAUGUUCAGUGUAAUGAAGGUACUGAGAGAUUCAGACACAGACUGAAGCUGGAUAAUCAGACCGGAUCUCUGGCCAUUAUGAACAUCAACACCACGGACUCAGGCACUUAUGAACUAGAGAUCAUCACUAACAGGAUCAACAUCAUGAAGCGCUUCAAUGCUGUUGUCCAUGGUGCAUCUGGUGUUGACACAGACAAAGUGUCUGUGAUGGUGGAAGAUUCAGUCACUCUACACACUAAGGUUAAAAUAAACCAAAAAGACAUAAUAAAAUGGUUUUUAGAUGACACUCGAAUAGCUCAGAUCAUUGGAAAUCUCAGUACAUGUACAGAUGUGCAGUGUAAUCUAGGUACUGAGAGAUUCAAAGACAGGCUGAAGCUGGAUCAUCAGACUGGAUCUCUGACCAUCAUGAACAUUAACACCACAGACUCUGGACCUUAUCAACUGCAGGUCACCAGUAGCAGCAGCAGCGGCAGAACUGACCACUGUAAGAUCUUCAGUGUCACUGUCAAUGAUGUUCCUGCCGAUGAAAUUACGUCAAUGAAAGAGGGUGAACCUGUCACUUUAGAUCCUGGUGUAAUGAGCCACCCAGAUUGUUUGUUUACGUGGAUUUUUAAUGACGUUCGCAUUGCUGAAAUUAAUGGAGAUCCCAGCAAGACCUGCAUAGAUGUUCAGUGUCAAGAUAGUGAUGGAAGAUUCAGAGUCAGACUGAAAGUGAAUCAGACUGGAUUUCUGACCAUCAUGAACACCAGAACCACAGACUCUGGAGUUUAUCAACUACAGGUCAUCAGCAGCAACGUCAGUAUUACAAAGAUUACGAGCUUGAAAGUUACUGGUUCAAGUCUGUCUCCAGCUGCUAUAGCGGGAUUAAGUACUGCUGUACUUGUUCUGCUGGUGGUUGCAGCUGCAGCUGCUGGUGUGUUUUAUUUUCACAAGUAA